AUGGUCUGGCCCUUGGAAUCCAAACCUUGCAAUCCCGAAGAACCCUUGAUUUUCUGCUUCCGACCUUUCCUGGCUUUCGGUGUCCCUCAUAAAGUCCCUGAGUUUUACGCGGUGAGUUUCGAAUAUUUCCCGACUUUUGGACUCGAGCGAGGAUCGAUAAAAUUAGUGAAAAAGCUCAUCAAGGAACUUCUUUUUAUUCGGCUUUUUACAGUUGGUCAUUGUCGUAUUGGUCGGCUUGAUAACAUUGUUGUUCAUCGGCUCCAUAGUAGUUCAACUUUCAAUUGGAUUUUUUACAAUUUAUUUUCAACGUAAACUGGGUCGGUUCAUCAAUUUGUUUAUAUUUUUCGUUUCCGUUUUUCAGGAAGUUUCAACACUCAACUGCUGUUUAGUGAGCCUUCAGUCGAGUUGGAUGAGAAUGCAGAUAAACAUUACAAACCAAUUAUAAGAUAUCAAAUUAAAUACUCGAAUGCACCUAUCUCGCUCGGCGAGGCCGGCUUUCCCUCCGAGAAUACCGAAGUUGCUUUUUUUCGAUCUUCCAUCAAAAUUACUUAUUUUCAGAAUGGAAGAAUUGAAUGA